GGACCGUCGGAAGUCACGUGGGUUAACGAGUUCCGGCGACGAGCUGAGCCUCAGCAGCGGAGAGAUGGCGAGUGCGGCGGCUAAGCAGAUCGCGGCGGAGCAGGUGGUGGCGGGGUUCAAUCGCAUGCGGCAGGAGCAGAGGAGUCUGGCCUCCAAGGCGGCCGAGCUGGAGAUGGAGCUGAGCGAGCACACUUUGGUCAUCGACACCCUGCAGGAGGUGGACCAGAACAGGAAGUGUUUCCGCAUGGUCGGGGGCGUCCUGGUGGAGCGGACGGUGAAGGAGGUGUUGCCGGCGUUGGAGAACAACAAGGAUCAGAUCAACAAAAUCAUCGAGACGCUGACCACGCAGCUGCAGACGAAGGGGCGGGAGCUGAACGAGUACCGGGAGAAGCACAACAUCCGCCUGAUGGGGGAGGACGACCAGAAGCAGUCGCCCAAAGACGGUGACGGAUCCGGUCCCAAAGCCGGCUCGGCCGGCGUCCUGGUUUCCUGAUCGGCCUCCGCGGGACAUCGCAACCCCGGCCGCGAUGGACUUUCUUCUUUUGCUGGGCACUUGAAUUGGGCUAGGGCAAGGGGUG